AUGGAUGAAGUAUUAAUGACUUAGCGAAUGGGACCAUCUGCACUGACUCAAUAGUUAACUUCUAAGUAGGAGUCGCCAUCCAAUCUAAUGCAAGAAGAUGAAUAUCAAGCAUAAAGCUAAAGAGAUAUCAUCGAGAACAAGAGCAUAGAUAUGAAUAUGUCUAGGUUAGACAGUAAAACCGAAUUUAAGAAGCAUGCAUUAUUCUUAACAAAUAGAAUCUCAAGAACAAUUUAACCAUAGAAGUAAUCCCAUUUUUUGUAAAACUUUAAAUUGUAGUAACACGUUCAUCGAUUCAUUAAUAAUUUAUUUACAAACUCUUAUAUUCUGAGAAAUACUCAGAAGUAAAAAAUAAAAGAUAAGUUACUUGAAUAAUAAUUUAUUUCUUAACAUAAAAAAAGGGAUUAUGAGAAUGAUUCAGUUAUUCCAAUAUUUUUGCCAUCUACAAAUUCAAUUAUUUUAUGGGACAUUCUUGGAUUUGUAUGUAAUCUAAUGAUGCUUUGGCUCACUCCAUUCCUUGGAGCCUUUAAUAAUUACUACAAUGAAACAAUAUCAGUGCUGCAAUCAAUUAUAUUAAUAUAUCUAAUUUUUGAUUUUUUAGCACAAUUUAAUAGAGGAAUAUUUGUGUCCGCAGUUUUGAUAACGAAUAGGAAGAUGAUCAUUAAUCAAUAUUUAAAAUCAAAUGCUUUGUCAGAUUUUUUAAGAUUAUUUAUAUGGGCUGAUCUCAAAUAUUCAUUGUUGUCUACUUUUUGGUUUGAAAUCAUGAUAGUGCUGCAAAUAAUAUUAAUAUAUUAGAAGCUACUCAGAUAUUUAUCAGAGUAUUAUUAUCAAUAUAUCUAUUCAAAGGGAGGAUAAAACUUUGUAUUAGAUUUAGUUUAGUUGAUCAUUCAAAUUUAUUAUUUUGCCCAUAUCAUUGCAUGUAUAUGGCAUUACGUCGGUGAGAAUACUUACUAUUUGCAGAAUUCAUGGAUUAUAUAAAACUAAUUAAGCGAAGAAACAGUUUGGCAUAGAUACAAUUCUGCUUUUUACUGGGCAACAAUGACAAUGACAACUGUAGGCUAUGGAGAUUUUUCGGCAAAAAACUAAGUUGAAAUGAUUGUCUCUUCUUUGAUAAUGUUUUUUUCUAGUUAUGCUUUCGCUUAUACAAUGAGUUCAAUUGGCAUAAUCCUCAAAAAUGUUUAUGAUACAAAGCAAACUUAUAAAAAGAACCUAAUUUAAAUGAUUUAAUAUAUGAGUAAGAACUAAGUUGAUGAAUCUACUUAAGGAAGAAUAAGGGAUUACUUAAGAUUCUAAUAGGCCCAAGAAAAGAAGGAGAAUUAGGAUGAAAUUGCAAACAUUAUUAAUCAAUUGCCUAAGAAUUUAUAAUAAGAUUUAAAUUCAGAUAUAUAAUCUAGAGUAAUUCGAAAGAUGAGCUUGAUUAUAAAUCAUUUCUCAAAGUUUACAUAAUAAUAGGUUGCUAAAAACCUAGAACUGAUCUAAUUUAUUCCUGGAGAUAUUAUAUAUAAAUAAGGUGAUCAACAUGAAGAUAAUUUAUAUUUUUUAUCAACUGGAGAUGCUAUCUUGAAAGAAAUUCAAACUGACUAAUAACUCAGAUCUAUCAAAUCCUCUCAAUAUUUAGGGUAUUAUUGUUUUUUUACUGGAUUUCCUCCAAAAGAAACCGCUAUUUGUCAAAGUCCAAGUGAACUAUAUAAAAUCAGUAGGAGGAAAUUUCUGGAUAUUGUUCGAUAAAACCAAAAGGAUUUCGAAAUCUUCCAUCACAUUAAAGAGAAGUUGAUCUUUUAAACAAAUUAUGUCCUUUUUGAUCAUAAAUGUAACUUUUGUAAUAGGUAUAUCCAUCAAGAAAUUGAUUGUCCUUUGAUUUAAUAUAAACCUGAUUUAGAAGCUAUAGUGAAGAAAUAAGAAUUUAAUCAAAUUUUAAAUCUUAGGAGAUCAAUUAUUAGAACUAAGAGAAAGCAUCAUGCAUUAAGCUAAAAUCAACCUAUUGAACAAUAACUGAAAUUAUUUUAGUAAGACAAUCAAUUUUGUGAUGAUACAGAUUCUGAAUAGGAUGGUAAAUUUAGGAAAGAAAAAUCAAUAUUUUCAGAUCAAUAAAAAAGUUCAUUAUAAUUAUUAGUAAAUGAAGAGGAUGGUCUCAUUGAAAAUAAUUCAUCUAGAUAAAAUUAAAAAAGAAUAUCAUAACAUUAUGGUCCAUUAAAAUUAUAAAAAAUGUCGUCAUUCUCAAAGUAGAAAAUAGGAUAUGUAGAAUAGAAAACUUCUAUUAGAAGAACAUACCUUUAAAAUGAAGAGUAGAUUGUAAUCAAAAGUUAAAGUAUGAUUGAGGAAAUGCAAUUGUUAAUAUAAAAAUAAUUUAAAUCCUCUUUCAAUUUGGAUAAGGUAUGUGAUGCAUUUCAUAAUUAUAUGCCUCAAUAUACAAUUGAAUCAUAAAUAAGAGAAUUAUAAAAAGUAUAGAAAAAAAGACAGAAAAGAUUUUGGAAAUAAGACUAAAAACUGGGGAAAUACACAUUUUCUAAUAAUGUUAAAGUGUUGGCGCUAAAAAUACUUAAUUAAGGCAGAAGAGUGAGCAAACUUUGA